CCCUCAAAUCACAACAACAAAACCCCCCACUCUUCAUUCAUUCACAGUUAGUUAUCAUCACUAUCAUUAUUCAUUCUCAUUCUAUCACCCUCUCACUCAACUCAUAAACUUCAGUUUUUCUUUCCCUCUUGAAACUUUAGUUUAGUUUGUUUAUUAUCAUCCAAAUUCCAAACAACAAGAAAUGGGUGCAUCUGGCAAAUGGGUCAAAGCAUUAAUCGGUUUCAAGAAGCCAGACAACAACGUUGAAGGUGGUGGGAAGAGCAACAAAAAGUGGAAGCUGUGGAAGAGUUUUUCAGGUUCAGGGGACAAAAUUGGAGGAGGUUUCAGGUCUGACUCUGAAGAAGGCUCUCAAUAUUCCCCGCGAGUGCCGCCGUCUGAUGCUUUCACCGCGGCUGUGGCCACCGUGGUUCGAGCUCCCCCGAAGGAUUUCAAACUCCUCCGGCUCGAAUGGGCCGCCACCAGAAUUCAAACCGCUUUCCGUGCCUUUUUGGCAAGAAGGGCACUGAGGGCAUUGAAGGGUGUGGUGAGGCUUCAAGCUCUUGUCCGGGGUAGACUGGUGAGGAAGCAGGCUGCAGUGACGUUGCGAUGCAUGCAGGCCCUGGUUCGCGUUCAAGCGCGUGUGAGAGCCCGCAGGGUGAGAAUGUCCGUUGAGGGGCAAGCAGUGCAGAACAUGCUCAACCAGCGCCGCACCCAGGCUGAACUCUUGAAACAAGCUGAGGAAGGGUGGUGUGAUAGCAAAGGAACAUUGGAAGAUGUCAAAACAAAACUACAGAUGAGGCAAGAGGCAGCUCUCAAGAGAGAGAGAGCAAUUGCAUACUCUCUUGCUCACAAGCAAUGGAGAUCAAACCCCAUCACCAAUUCAAGAGCAACUGAGAUAGAAAAGACUAAUUCAGGCUGGAGUUGGUUGGAGCGUUGGAUGGCGGCGAAGCCCUGGGAGAGUAGAUUAAUGGAACAACAACAACAAACACAUGUAGCUGAGAAUCAAGAUCGCAUCUUUAGGCAACACGGGUCAAGGUUGUCGUCACAUGCUGAAGCCGCCUCAGAUAAGACCCCUCCACUUCCAAAGAAAUCAAAUUCUAAAAAAACACCAGAACCAUGCUCUGUCAAAGUCAGGAAGAACAAUGUCACCACCAGGAUUUCUGCUAGACCUUCUCAAAUUGGGUCCUCAAGUCCAAGUUCUGAGUUUCAGUAUGAUGAGAGCUCUGCUUCAUCUUCAAUAUGCACCGCAUCUGCAACACCCAAAUCAGGGAAUGGUGCUGAUGAUAGUGUUAACAACAACACCAGACCUAGUUACAUGAAUCUAACUCAGUCAACCAAGGCAAAGCAAAAAUCAUGCAAUUAUCAACAUCAUCACCAAUACAGCAGAGCUCAGAGGCUGCAGUCCAUGGAUGAGUUCCAGUUUCUGAAAAAGACCGCGGUAUUCUCAAAUGGGGAUUCCAAUAGCACUGCUUGUUCUGACCCUUCACUCCACUUUUCUAGGCCACUUUACUUACCAACCUACAUGGAUAAGAGGCCAAGAUGAGAGGGAAUUGAUGAAAUCCUCCAUCUUUGUAUUUAUUUCUAAGAAAUUCAUCACCUCAACAUCUUGUUGUUACUUUCCUUGGAUUGUUAAUUAAACUACAGCUAUAGCAGUAGCUUUUAUGCUUUCCCUUAGUAAUGUAUAAUUGUUCAUUUUCUGGGUA